AUGCACAAAGGAGCCAGAGUGACAACUUUUGGAGAUGCUAUUGCGAUUGGAAUUGCUGUUUUGGCAGUGAUCAUAAUCACUAUUAUUCUGUGCCUCACAUGUUCAUGUUGCUGUUUGUAUAAAGCGUGUCGGCGACCACGGCCUGUUGUCACCACCACUACUGCCACUACAGUGGUUCAUGCUCCCUAUCCCCAGCAACAGGGAGUGCCACCCAGCUACCCAGUGGCCCCAUAUCAAGGAUAUCAGGCCAUGCCUAUCCAGCCACAGCCGGGAACGCUGGUGGCCCCGUACCCUGCGCAGUAUCCUCCCCCUUACCCCAUGCAGCCACCAGGACCCCCAGCUUAUCAUGAAACGGAGGCAGCUGGUACUGGAGCCCCUUACCCAAUCAGCCAGCCCCCUUACAACCCUGCUUACAUGGAUCAUCAGAAUCCCACCUAUUGA